AUGCCAUUCUCAUACAAAGACCUGAUCACGAGGGACAAGACAGCCGAAAAGAUCCCAACAAGUGGCAAGGGUCUCGGCGCCUUCACAAGCCCAUCCGGCUUCGCCGUCAUCCUGUGCUUCCCCAUCACCCUGUGGCAAAGCCGUCGCAACACUAAGAAGACAGUCGAAGAUCUCAAAGAGGCCAGGCGGCAAAAGGCAGAACAAAGAAAAGCUGUACAUAUGCAAAAUUUCCAGGAGCAGCAGAAACGCAGGGAAAUGCGUGACAAGAGUGACGCCAACCGUGUUGGUCUUGGACCUCAGGGGCCACCAAGACAGAAGAAAGUUCCAGAGGUUGAGCCGCUGGAUCCCUUGUUGGAGAGGGAUCCUGAGAAUCCGCGGAACUAUGGUGAUUUGCUUACACUGUAA